UUAUUUGUUUUGAACUAUUUCUUCAAGUGCCUAUAGAUUUCCAAUGAAGUGAUAAGAAGGUAGUGCUAUCUCGAUUUGCAUUCUAUAAAAACCGAGCUACCGGUCGGUUCAUUGUCGAGCACCGAGCGGUCAAGAUGAAGGUGGCUUUGGUCUUAUGCGUGGUACUGCUGGGGUGUUCAGCCAUCCCGAAGCAAGAGAGACGGUUUCCUGAUGACUUCCUCUUUGGUACAGCCACAGCUUCAUAUCAAAUCGAAGGCGGUUGGAAUGCCGACGACAAAGGUGAGAGCAUCUGGGACUACAUGACGCACAAUCACCCACAUGUGAUCAAGGACAGUAGCAAUGGAGAUAUAGCCGCUGACUCGUACAAUAAUUACAAACGAGACGUUGAGAUGAUGAGGGAAUUAGGUCUGGACGCAUACCGGUUUUCCGUGGCUUGGUCCAGAAUCCUCCCUGACGGCUUUUCCAACCGCGUCAGCGAAGCUGGCGUAGCUUUCUACAAUAAAUAUAUCGAUGAAAUGUUGAAAUACGGUAUUACCCCCAUGGUUACUCUUUACCACUGGGAUCUACCCCAAAAACUACAAGAUCUUGGUGGCUUUGCUAAUCCACUAUUUCCGGAGUGGUUCGAAGAAUAUGCUCGAGUCGUCUACGAGAGUUUCGGAGACCGAGUUAAACAUUGGAUCACGUUCAAUGAGCCCAGAGAAAUUUGCUACGAGGGCUACGGAGCUGCCACGAAAGCUCCCAUUCUAAAUGCUACCGGCAUCGGAAAUUAUCUUUGUGCCAAGUAUCUUGUACUUGCACACGCUAGGGCAUACCAUUUGUACAACAAUCAAUACAAAGCUAGUCAAGGCGGAGAAUGCGGAAUCACCAUUAGCGUCAACUGGUUUGAAUCACUUACCGAUUCUGAGGAAGAUGAAUUUGCAGCAGAAAUCAGGCGUCAAGCUGAGUGGGGCCAAUACGCCGAACCUAUUUUCUCCGCGCAGGGUGGUUUCCCUAAAGAGUUUGCGGAGCGAGUAGCUCAAAAGAGCGCAGAGCAAGGCUACCCCUGGUCCCGCAUGCCUGACUUCACAGAAGAAGAGAAGCAAUACGUACGAGGCGCAUCCGACUUCUUUGGGGUCAACCAUUAUACAGCGUACUUGAUUUCGGCAACUGAACACAUUAGCCAAUAUGUUGUUCCGUCCUUGAUGGACGAUGCUGGAGUUGGGUCUUACGUACCUGAAGAAUGGCCUCAGUCAGCGUCUUCGUGGUUAACGCAAGGGCCUAAUAGUAUCCUCAAGGUUCUGACUCAUCUUAAAGAGAAAUACAACGAUCCCAAAUUCUAUAUCACGGAAAAUGGGUGGUCUUCGCCCCCCUCGUCUGGUUUGCUGGACGAUGACAGAAUUCGCUACUACAGGGCUGCUUUAGAAAAUUGCUUGGAUGCCAUCGACGCGGGAGUCCGAUUACAAGGUUACAUGGCCUGGAGUUUGAUGGACAACUUUGAAUGGAUGGAAGGAUUAACCGAACGCUUCGGUCUCUAUCAAGUCGAUUUUGAAGACCCAGCUCGUCCCCGGACCCCAAGGAAAUCGGCAUUCGUCUAUAAACAAAUAAUCAAAACACGCGUCAUUGAUCACAGUUAUGAGCCUGAUACAAUGACCAUGACCAUUGAUGAUGGUCGAUAAACAAAUGUUAUUUUUAUAUGAACACUCAGAAAAAGACUUAUCUACUUAAAAUUACCGAAUAGGAAAAUAAAAUGAAUUAUGAAAA